AAUUUUUUGCCAGGAAUCCAUCUAUCGUGGGAGCCACAGCAGACACACAAAAACAAACAAACAUCAUCUCCACCAUUCAUAAAUAAAAGAUCACUUCAACAGUUAUAUUGUUUUAUCAAAUAAAUACGCCAACAAUUAAAUAAAAUUCAGACGACGGAAUACCGUACAUAUUUUUUGUGCUUUAAUACUCACAAACGUACUAAUAAUUUCUAACGUCUUCUCUCGUUUUUUUUGGAAAAUACUUACAUAAACAGAAUUUGUACCCGAUUCGGAAGGAAGUAAUGGGGGGACGAACGUGUUGCUGUGGGAAUUGCACGGUGGGACAGGGGACUCUAACCAUCGCAAUUUUGAAUAUUCUUGGUGGAAUCUUUUCCAUUAUUCGAAAUUCGAUCGGAGUUAAUGAAAUGAUCAAUAAUCCGGAUCAGAUUAAGGAUUUUUCCUUUCAGAAAUAUCAAAAUCAAUACAUUGCAUUUGCCGGCAUCCAACUCUUUGUGGGGGUCGUGUACCUGAUUUUGUCCGGCUGCAUGGUGCAAGGUUAUCGCAGCCGGGAUCACCACUGGAUCAUGCCUUGGUUGGUGUGGAGCGUAAUUUCUCUCGCUCUCUUUUCAUUCGGAGUUGUCGGCGUCUUCUUCUUCAUGGCAUUUCGUAUGCAAUUUUUGGCGGGAGUGUUCAUUGUGGUCACGUGCGCGGUUUGCAUAGCAGUUCAGACUUAUUUCGUCCUUGUGGUGAAACACUUCGUGGAUGAAUUGAAGGGUGGCGAUUGUGAGGCAACGUAAAGGUCUUAAUUGGUAUUAAAUAUUUAUGCAGUGUUGUAAAUAGAAAAUGUGUACAUAACUAUUUAGAGUUCUCUUAUAUCAAAAUUUUACAUAGUAAUAAUGCGAAUUUUUGAUUUGUCGUAAUUAAGUAAUUACCUUGAGAUUAAUUUUAGGAUGAACAAAGUAAUUAAGGUUACCACGUAAUUAAAGUCAAUCAACGAUUAUCUUUACUCUCUUGUUACAAGUAAUUAAGAGUUUUCCUUGUAAAUAAAUAAUUAAUCAAAUAAUUAAUGAAGGACUUCAGUAUUUAUUUGAAGAUCGUGAAGAUUAAUUUUGUUAAUUGUCUAGAUUACCUGGGCCAAUUAUUCGUUUUGUGUUAGCUUGAGUUCAUGAAAUAUACAGAUUCAUAAACAUUG